AUGGGGGACGAUUUUACUCUUUUCACUCCCAGACCUAAGCGAUUUGGGCGAUUUCUCUGGGUUGCUAUUUUGGGAGCGCUGGCCUCCCUAUGGCCGCCGUUGAUGGGCCAGCGGUGCCAAAAGCCGCCCCCGGACGUUCGUAGACCUCAUUUCAGCGGCCCCUUAGCCACUGCAGAAUUUGAGGUUCCGUUUAGAGCUCCGAAAAUCAUUGAAGGGGAGCUCUGUUUUUUGUUCUCAAAGGAUGAAAUCAAAAAGUCUGCAGAACCAUUUCGAUUCUCCAGUGUUCUUAAGUUCCUCAAGCGCCGACCAUCACUGGAUGCAAUUCGUGCUUUCAUCCACUCUCGUUGGGGCUUGGUUGGCAUCCCAGUAGUUUCGACGAUGAGUAGACCAUGCAAUGUGUUCAUUCAGUUUCAAUCGGAGGAUGAUUUAAACAAGGCCAUGGCUCGGGAAGCAACUGAGGUGGAUGGAGUGCACUAUAGAGUUUUCCGUUGGUCACCUGAGUUCAAGGAGGAUGAGGAACCAUCUCUGGUUCCAGUUUGGGUUUCUCUUCCGGGUCUCCCUCCUCACUUUUAUCAUUCCUCUUUUCUGAAAAUUUUCACUGCCCCAUUUGGAAAAUAUAUUUGUCGUGACAAUACAACGCGAUGCGCAACCAGAACAGAUGGUGCGCGUGUGUGCGUGGAGAUGGAUGCAGCGAGUUUCUUCUGGAUUGGCUCUCCUGGGGCUCACGCGAGCUGGUAUCAGGAAGUAGUUUUUGAAACUCUCCCUACUUUCUGCACUAAGUGUAAGAAACAGGGGCAUAGUGAGAAGAAAUGUAAAUUAGGAGGGGAGAAUACCAUCUUGAAUUAG